CCCGAAACACAGCCAAAAUAAAGUCUCUCUUACAAAUCACUUCAACCAGUGGACGGAUCACGACGGGAGUGGUCACGGCGUAAUGGAGCCGUUCUUUCAGUUCUCAUCAUUGCAGCCAUCUCAACAGGUCAAGCUAGAGAGCUGUCCUACCCCAUUAUCGGCUGGUGUCGUUGCUGACGAUAUCACUGACAUGGCUAAGAAACUUAAACACAAUGCUAACGAGCGCGACCGUCGAAGAAAGAUCAACUCGCUCUAUUGUUCUCUCCGUUGCUUGCUCCCUCCUACAGAUUCAAUGAAAAGAAUGAGUAAUCCAAGCACAAUAUCAAAGGCAUUGAAGUACAUUCCAGAGCUUCAACAGCAAGUGGAGGGAUUAAGGAGAAGGAAGGAAGGCCUUGUCACAAAGCUUAAUGAAGAAAAUUUAAAGCAAAUAAGAAAGAACAAUAAGGAACCAUGGAUGAGUUCGUUUUGUGCUGUGAAUUGGCUUAGUGAAACAGAAGCACUUCUUCAAAUAGCCUUAGAAGAUCAAACCCACACACAACUUCCUUUUUCACAAAUUCUCCUCUCUCUGGAAGAGGAUGGGCUUCUCCUCUUAACUGCUUCCUCUUUUCGAUCCUUUAAUGGGAGGCUCUUCCUCACCUUACUCCUUCAGGCAAAGGCUAAUACUCUUCCAAGAGUGCUGCAGGAGAUCUUGAAUAAAAAGCUCGAGCCAUUGUAGAGAAGAUUGGAUAUAUUUUUAUAUGGAUAACUUCUAUAACGAUCGACUAUUUAAAAAUAGAAAAUAAGAUAAGAAGUUUUCUCAUAAUUUUUUAGCUAUAGUUUUUCUUAAUUAUUGUAAGUAAACAUAUGGUAAUUUCAUAUUGAAAUAUGUCAUACAUUUUCAUUUAAAAAGAAAAUGUAUUUGUAGCAUUCAUAUAUUUUCUUUUUUUCAUUUUUUUUUACCUAUUGAAUGUGAUUUGUUUAAUAGGAGAGUAAAUAAACCAAAUAUAUGAACUUACAACAACUAUUAUUAGGAAAAUUAAAUGAUAGAGAUUACAUGAACAAUUUUUUGGGAUAAA